UGAUUAUUUGGUUUUAUUACCGAACUCAAUGAAAGCAUAUGGUCGAGAGACGGUAUUCACGCGGUUUCCAUACAGCAUAUCGAAUUCGUUCUGCAGAUCCUCCAAAUAUGAGAACGCAACUCUUUUCGGGAACGAUUUUUCUGUCAAAACCAGGUAGCAAACAUCGUUCACAAUAAUAUAAUGGAAAUAAUAAUUUCCAGAAUCAAUAGUGCAUCGGUUGGGAGAACUCGGAGUUAGUCGUUUGAAAAUUUGUUUGGCUUGCGUUUGAUACUGAAUUAAAUUCUUGCCAUGCUCUUCAUCAUCCUGAACCGAAGCUGCUAAAGGCAGCCCAUCCGCCAUUCGUGCGAUCAUUGUAAGAAGCACCAUUCUGAACAAUCAAGUCUGGGAAAGGAUAAAGGAUUCCAGAAAGAUUUCGACCAGUGAUUUCAGAUGUCCAAUUCCGACCAGGCCCAAUUGGUAAUAAGUUUCCAGUCAGUUUCACACGGUUGCUUUUGUCAUGUGGCAGACCAAAUUUCAACUCUCUUCGAACUUCCACCAAUUUAGGGACAGGGUUAAUAUUCAAGGAAAUGCAGCAAAUUUUCAGGCUGUCACUGGUAGUCAUACAAUCUGGACAAGGAUAAAAAGUACAAGUUUGUUAUUUAUAUUAUCAUAUUUUCAUAAAAUAACUAGCAGUACUCGGAUAACGAUUUUAAACGAGGUGCGCUAUUUCCCAUCAAUGUCUGGAGAACCAAUUUCAAUCUCCAUACGACAGCCUUGAAGUAGUGUUCAUGUUAAAAAAAUAACUCCAAACAGCUUCCGAAAACACAAGUGAAAGGCUUCAAGCUCGAAAAAUAUCAAAUAGAUUUCUAAAUUAAAGCUACAAUUUAUAUUCAGAUCUACCAGUCGCACUAGUUGCACCUACAACUCACUGGCUGGCUGUGGCUGCAUGACGUGGACGCUUCCUGACUUCGAAGUUUUCCAAUUGGUCACCGCGCAGCGAGCCGAGGUUCUCUCAUAAUAUCAAACGGUUAUUGAGGCCUUUCGAAGCUCAUAUUAUUUUUUAAUUUUAAACAAAUAACGGUAAAAAUAUUUAUAUUUCGUGUAUCUUGUUUUCUAUGAUUUUAUGAUGAUUUCAUGAUUUAUAUGAUUUGUUGAUAUGGUAAGAAAAAGGGGCCAGAUUUAUGGUUGGAAAACAGCAAGGGAAAAAGAACGUGUUUCUCGGCAACUUAGGCGGUUACCUAUUUUAACAGCUUCCGCCACACGGAGGUUGUUGUAUAAGGAUUUUGUUGGUCUGGUCUUCAUCGGUUUCCACUUUCCAGCUUCCUUUGUUGCGAUUUGUGGAAGCGCCGAAACAUCGAAAGCCUUUAGAGACUGUGAGCACUGAGAGUGUGAGGUUGAUCCACUGUUCCCGUUUAUUAAACGUGAACUCCUUUAAUUAUUUAUCAUUUUAUGUUAUCCUUUCAAUAACACAAACAUCAUUUAUCGGCAAUCUACUCCAAUGUGGUUGUAGCAAACUAAAACUUCUAAUUCCUGGACUCGCUAUUGCUUUCCACGUUGGAACGUGAAAUCGAUUUUUUGGAGCUCAAGAACUCUGGAUAGCAGUUUACCAUGAAUUCGUCGUUCGAAGAAAAUGCGCCAGGGUCUCCGCAAAGUCCUAUUUCGCGAGCAUUCGCGGAGUUUUGGGAUCAGGUGAUGUUAAGCAAUGGGCUGAAAACCUGGACUGUCGGAUACACAACAGCCGGACCUUCAUUUGAUGAGGCUUCGCAAGAUGGUCAAGUGCCGCGAAGCUCUCCGCUAGCCUGUGAGACGGCCGCUUCAACGAGCACACUGGAAGUGGAUGCACAGCUGCCGGAUGCGGAUGUUCUGGGAUUCGCAGCCAGCAGCUUUGAUGAAGCAUUCGCUGAGAUUGAACAGAAUCAGCAGCCGGAAAAGGCUAGCGACGAGGUCUCCAUUGCAUCUGAAACUGAAAUGGAUGCUGGCGACAACAAGACGGGAGCCGGACAGAAAAGAUCGUACGAUGACACGGCGGACCAGAGCGGGUCGGAUUCUGAGGGCAGGAAAUAUUUGCGAGCGGAGGAUGAUGAUGGAGACGAUGCCGAAGAAGGCAACGAUGAAAAUAUUGACGAAAAUCAAGCGGAAGAAUUCGGUGAAAUCGAGGAGAUACCGGAAGAAUCGGGCGAAGUUGAAGAAAUAGCGGAAGUGGCUGGCAAUAAGUACCAAAAAGGCAAUGGCAAGCGCAUAAAUGUGUUUGUUUAUCCAGAAAGCGACGGAGAUGACUAGGCAACAGGUAAAUGUUGGUUCGAUUUCCAGCAGCUGUUCCCUUUUUGUACACAUGAUCUACGGAUUCUGAAAUUGUUAUGAGGAAUUUGGGUAGUGUUGUUAUGUUGAUCGGAGUAGAGUGAUUUUGUACGGAUUAAGUGCCAAGUUUUUAUAGCAGCGAUUUUGUCGUUUUUUUUAAAUUCUGAUUGAGAUUGGUGAUGCCGACUGAUGCGCGACAAGAAUCUACGUAUUUUCGA